AUGAAUCUUGCCCGAGGCAGCUUGUGUUGCACCGAUAUUCCUGCGAUGCAGAGGCCGGCAAUGGACUGCGUGCCGGAUACUCCAUACUGGGGGGCAGUCACUCGAUACUUUCCUCUGGGCCUAGUUGGUCUGGGAGUGAAAACUAUACGCAAGGCCGGGUCGGUCGGCUUUGAAAAGGACAAUAUCCUCCUGGCUGUACUCAUGGACGGAGGGGCCCGAAGCGUCACUACCUCCAAACCUUCUUUACCUUCACCUACCUCAAGGUACCGUACUUCUACCUGGUCAGCCUGCUGUGCCGCCAAGCCACUUCCAAACACGAAUGGCUACCUGUAUGGUGCUAGGCUAGCCUGCCAAGAUUCAACAACACCAAACAACCCAACUGGACUUCCCCGUCUCACCCAGCGACCCGGCAGCAAACAGCCAAAGCUACCCUCAACCUCCCAAAUGGCGCUGUCACGCCACCAUGCCGCUCUCUCUAGCCCACGAAGCGUCGAGGAUCUCGUCCAGGAAGCCCAGGAAUUCGAAUUCAAUCCCAACCGGCCGCUGCAACAGUGGCUUCGAGCGGCAAAGAUGCUGCUCACGGAAGCCGCCAUAUGCGAGCAAGAAGGCAACCUGGCCACUGCAUAUCUAUAUCUAUAUCGACACGCUGAUCUCAUCCUGAGUAAGUUGCCUCAGCACGCGGACUACAAAGAUCCUCGCUUCAAGGCCGACUUGGCGCAGGCGCAGAAGACACUCCAACGGAACCUGAUCAAGUUGGAGGAAUGGAAACCACGAAUCAACCAGGACUACCAGCGAUAUGUCAAGGCUAUGGAGAAACGGCAGAGCGAGAGGCAACGUGUGCAGCAUGAGUUUGAUGCUGCAGGCAGACGAGUUUCCAGCAGACCACCGAGUCCUGUGAGCACUCUCAAUGCUGUGGAAAACAGGGAAUUCGCCGUCAAUCUGGCUCAGCGCGAGUUGAGGCGGCGUGGUGCUACUCGAAAGUCAACCUCCCAGGCUGGGAUACCUGCUGCGACUGUGGCCGAGCGACGGAGAGGUCUGGUAGCGCCCGACUCCGGAAACGUGGAAGACCCCUGGAUGGCCGAUGAUGGUGUUCGAGAGGUUGGCAACCAAUUACAAAGACAGUCAUUAACGACGCGGAAUGGCACAGCUUCGAGGCCAUCGAAAUCUUCCUCGUCCUACUAUUAUCCACCUGUGCCGCGAAAUGAAGCACGUACGGAUUGGAAUCUGCCACCCGGGCAUUCACAAACAGUACAAUCUCGCGCCAGCAUGCCUCCUGCCCUCCCAGCAAAGGAAUCGCUCUACGAACCCUAUCGCAUCGAGCUUCCUACGCAUGCAAGUCCACCACCUCGGCCUCCCCGACCUGAGGUGUACUCGGCCAGUGCUGGCUCACCUUCCCCCGGCCAAGGACCCAUGGCGCACGCAAAAUACACGUUUAAACCUACAGCUUUCACAGAAGCCGGAGCACCUCUCCGAACCGUCCUCUUACCCCCCGAGCUCCGCACCAGUUUCCUCAACUUGGCUCAUCCCAACACAUCUCGAAACCUGGAAACCUGCGGGAUUCUAUCCGGAACUCUCAUCAGCAAUGCUCUGUUCAUCAGCCACCUGAUCAUCCCCGACCAAGUCUCCUCGUCGGAAACCUGCGACACGACCGAGCAAGGUGAACUCGACCUGUUUGCCUACUGCGACUCCCAGAACCUGCUCGUCAUGGGUUGGAUCCAUACCCACCCAUCCCAGAGCUGCUUUCUUUCCUCUCGCGACUUGCACACCAGCUCGGGAUAUCAGGUCAUGUUACCCGAAGCCAUCGCCAUCGUGUGCUCUCCUCGACACAAUCCGGAUUGGGGAAUUUUCCGCUUGACCGAUCCCCCGGGUCUACCGCAUGUGCUAGAGUGCACCAAGCCGGGCGUGUUUCAUGUGCAUGACGAGGAGAGGCUGUACACGGAUGCGUUGCGGCCGGGACAUGUCGUCGAGGGGCCUGGCUUACAGUUUGAAGUGGUGGAUUUGCGGAAACGGAAGUCGUAG